GCUGCUUGCUGCUGCUGUAUGCACAUGUGGUGUCACCACAUUUUGAAACAUGCGUAUUGAAACCUGUUAUUUUUGCUCUUCGAAAAUAUAUCCUGGUCAUGGGAUGCAUUUUGUGAGAAAUGACAGCAAGAUUUUCAAAUUUUGUCGCUCAAAAUGCCACAGAGCCUUUAAGAAGAAGAAGAACCCAAGGAAGGUAGCAUGGACUAAGGCUUAUCGAAAGACUGCUGGGAAAGAGCUCUCUGUAGAUCCAUCAUUUGAAUUUGAAAAGAGGAGGAACGUCCCAGUCAAAUAUGAUAGAGAAUUCUGGAUGAAAUCAUUGGAAGCUAUCAGAAAGAUUGAUAUAAUUAGACAGAGACGAGCUAAUCACUUUGUUAUGCAGCGGUUACGAAAAGCAAGAGAGCUGGAAAUUCAACAUGAUGUGCGGGAAGUUCAGAGAGAUAUGGCUCUUAUUAGGUCACCAGCAGCUGGCCUUAAAGAGAGAAGAGCACAGGAAGAGGGUAUUGUUGAGGAAGUUCAUGAAUCUGACGAUGAGAUGGAGGUGACCAACGCCAGUGAGCACCUUGCUGAAGAAAGUGAUAUGGAGGAAGCUCUCGACUCUGAUGAAGCUCCAGAAUUGGUUGAGGUAUCUUAAGUCUUUUUUCCAAAAUUUAUUGCAGUGUUAACUAUCAAAAGUAUUCUUUUGACAUGUGAGAAAUGUCUCAAACUUCAUAUUUAGAAUAAAUAUGAAACAUUA